AUGGCAACGCCGGGACUCGCCCCGAUGCGCGAUGACGUCGGCCUUCCGCUCGACACGACGCUCUUCGACGCAGCGAACCUCGUCGGCCUCGGGAUCACGAUCGCCGCCGCCGUCGUCUCCAACUGCGGCGUCCAGCUGCAGAAGCUCGCGCACGCCUCCACGGACAACGAGACCGCGUACUUUGGUCAGCGGCAAUGGGUCCUUGGCUUGGCGCUCGUCGUGCUCGGGUCGAUUGGCGACUUUGAGGCGCUCAGCUUUGCGACGCAGUCGCUGGUCGCGACCGUCGGUGGCGGCGCGACCGUCGUCACCAACGUCCUCUUCUCGACGUACUGGCACGGCGAGAGCUUGACGGUCCGGGACGCCUACGGCACGAUCUGCAUCCUCCUCGGCGUGCUUCUCAUUGCGCUCUCGUCGCCGCAAGACGAAGAAUACAACAUCGACCAACUCGUGAGCCGGUUCGAAUCGCCGGUCGUGCUUGCCUACUUGCUGGUGCUCGGCGGGCUCAUCGGCUACCUCCUUAUCCUCAUCCAGUCGGAGCGAGAUGCCACCUCGAGCGAGAGUCGGGUGUUGUGGAGCGGGCGGGGUCAGAGCCGCCUCCGCCGCUUCCUUCGCUGCAGCGACGAGACGUGCACCAAUAUCGAGCCGACCUUGUAUGCGACGGUGUCAGGGAUCACGGGCUCGAUCUCGAUGCUGCUUGGCAAGUGUGCGUCCGAGAUGGUCAAGACGAGUCUCGAAGGCCCGUCGCAGUUUACCCAUCCGACCACCUAUUUCUUCUUCGGGGGCAUGCUGGGCACCGUCCUCUUGCAGAUCCAUUGGUUCAACCAAGCGCUCAUGCGCGGCGACAUUGCAGUCGUGUUUCCAAUUUUCCAGGUCUUUUGGAUCGCGUUUGGCGUCGUCGGCGGCAUGGUGUUUUACGGGGACUUGGCGCGGCUCGAAUUCUUCCAGAGCAUUUCGUUUUUGCUCGCGUUUGCCUGUAUCCUCGUCGGCGUCUACUACCUCGCCCAGCACGAACCUCAAAAACCACCGCUCUCCACGCCGCUGCUCGACCACGAGAGCGACGUGGCUUCGGUCGACAGCAGCUUUUACCUCGAGCAAGCCACCCAAGUCCUCCUCGAGCCAACGCCGCCUCUGGACCAGAACGGGCAUCGGGAGUCGCCCGAGAUGCUCAAUGACCUCCGACGACCGUACCGUCCGCCGGCCAUGCUGCGGUCGCUCUAG